ACUGUUUUUCACUCUCACCGCAACCACCAUCAUGUCCGAGCUUGACGCUGACCUCUAUGGCGAUCUCUACGGCAACGACGAGUCUGAAUUUCCAACUUCAGCAGAAAACGGCGACCAAUCUAAACCAGAAGAGUCUCUUCCAUCGGAAGCGCCCCCUCAAGCACCUGCUGCUUCCGCUGUGAAGGUUCCUCCGCCGACACCAUCAAAACAACCUUCACCGGUCGUACCGGCUGCUGCCAUUAAAGCACCUGCAACCGAGACCUAUCCAGUACAGACUUACGAAGAAUACGCGUCGACUACCACUCAAUCCGGAGCUCCUGCCUACGCUGCUCUCGCUACACAGCAAAUACCGACAUACCAGCAACCUCAGUCCGACUAUGCACCAGACUUGGGCCAGCAUGAAGGUGUGGGUAGUUAUGACCGCCAACAUAGCCAUGAGAGAAGUGUGCGGCCCUCAGAGAUGAAGGAUGAAGGGUGAGUUGCAUAGGACAGUUCUACUAACUUCCUAUGGGAAUUUGGGGCAUGCAUCUUCGCUGGGAUAUAUUGGAUCUUAGUCGUUGACGGUCAAUAAUGCCGACGUAGUUGUUCGGUCAUCGUCACGCCUAGCUACUCAGCUAUGUCGACUAGGACGACUAGUCUAGCUCUAGCAUAUUCGCGUUCUCUACGUCCAGUCUAAGCUAGGCUAGCCAUAAACGCGAGCAGACAGUAGCGUUUUUCUU